UUACAAAUGGCGACACACGGCAAGACACGCUGCCUUUUAUAACCCGCAUUUACUGGUCAAUAAUUCCAGUGUAUUUAAAUAAUAAUAUAAUUAUUUUUAAUAAACAAUAAGCUAAUAAAUAUAUAUAUUUAUAUUAGUAAUAAAAACUGUGUUGAUAAAUAAACUAUAUUUAUUAUUUAAAUUUAAACUAAAAUAAAUCUACAUAUUUAUAAUGGGUAACGUUGUGGCAGCUUCAGCACCACCUCCACCACCGCCUAUGUCGGUACUCGCACCGCCAGAAAUACCAAAAGAUCAUCAACUAGGUCUGGCUUCAACUGAAGUAGCUCAGAAAAUUGAAAAUCCCGGUACUGUUGAAGAACUUCAUAAACUCUGCAAAGAUGUGUUUCCAACAAAUUUUGAAGGUGCUAAAUUUAUGGUCAACAAAGCGCUUAGUAAUCAUUUUCAAAUAUCACAUACAUUAUCAAUGAGUUCUGUGGUUAAAUCUGGAUACAAAUUUGGAGCAACAUAUGUAGGUACAAAACAAACAUCACCAACGGAGGCAUAUCCGGUACUACUAGGUGACAUUGAAUCAAGCGGAAAUUUAAAUGCCAAUAUAUUACAUCAAUUUCAUCCGCGUAUCAAAACAAAAGUCGCAACACAAGUACAAAGAAGUAAAUUCACUGCUGUACAAAUGACAUCGGAUUAUCGUGGCGAUGCAUUCACAGCAUCACUUACUGUUGCUAAUCCCGAUAUUAUCAACGGCUCCGGAGUUAUGGUUGCUCACUAUUUACAAAAUUUAACACCAAAAUUAGCACUGGGUGGUGAACUUGCUUAUCAACGUGGUUAUGGUAUUCCUGGUGGUUCCAUUGCUGUCGGUUCUCUUGUUGGUCGUUAUACCGCCGGUGAUUCAACAAUUAGUGCAAGUCUUGGUUUAGCAAGUUGCCAUCUAUGUUUCCAUCAACGUGCAAGUCCAACAUUACAACUCGGUGUCGAAUUAGAAGUUAAUGGAAGAAUACAAGAAUCAACAGCAACUAUUGCGUAUCAAGUUGACUUACCAAAGGCAGAUAUAGUUUUUAGAGGAAGCGUUGAUUCAAAUUGGUCAGUUGGUGCAGUACUUGAGAAAAAAUUACAGCCAUUGCCAUUCUCAUUUGCACUCAGCGGUCUUUUAAAUCACGCCAAAGGGCACUUCCAAUUAGGAUGUGGUUUAAUUAUCGGUUAAAAUAAUUAAAGAAAAAAUUAAAACAAAUAAUUCUUCUUGUUUUGUCUCAAUGUAAUAAUAAUAAUAAUAAAAAAAAAAAAUUAUUAUUAAUAUCAACACUAACAUAAAAAACAAACAAUAUAUGCAUUGAUGAUGCAAUAUCAGUUUUUGUCGAGGCUCAUGACACAGAAUUUAGUUUGGUCUGUUAAACUAAAGAAUAAAAUAAAAUAAAAUAAACAAAACAUUACUAAUAGAAAAAAUGGAAUUUUUUUUCAGCUAAUUGUGAAUAGUUACAUAUUAAUUUAAACAAUGUAUAAUAUUACUACAAUAUCCGGUUUCUUGCAUUACUAUUUAACGCAAUAUUAGUAGCAAAUUAUUGUAAUACAUUUUGUUACCACGUGGUUGUGUAUUUUUUUUUAUUCAUAGCAACUAUUACAUUUUGGACCUCAGUUUUUUUUUAAUUGUUUUAAAAUCAUUAGUCUUACUGUAUU